CGCUAGCCAUCCCUUAACAAAUCGAUUUUUUUUACCCUAUUCUUCCCUAUUUCCAAAUAAACAAACACACCAACCGAAUCGAUUAGCCUUCUACAUUACCUUAAUUGAAAAUCAACAUGUCCGAUUUCUAUACAUGGGAUGACAUAAAAAACCAUAGGACUGAGGAGAGUAGGUGGAUAGUUAUAGAGGAAAACGUCUAUGACGUCACAGAAUGGCAAUAUUCCCAUCCCGGUGGAAGGAGAAUCCUAGGACACUACGCUGGUCAAGAUGCAACGUUUGCUUGGAAAAAUAGUCAUAUAAAUCAUAAAGAAAUAAAGAAUUAUAUGAAAAAAUACGAAAUUGGCAAAGUAAAGGGUUCAAACUAUACAAUUGAACAGCAAAAUGUACUGAAAGAUUUUAAACAAUUAGAAGAAUUUGUCAUUGAAAAUAAACUAUUUAAUCCCAAUUACCUUUUCUAUACUUUACACUUUUUACAAGUAAUCUUAUUUGAAAUAUUAGGAGCAUUAGUACUAUUCUAUUUCGGUAAUGAAUGGACAAGUUAUAUGAUGGCAACAUUACUUUUAACAAUAUCACAAGCUCAAGCUGGUUGGACUAUGCACGAUUACGGUCAUCUAAGUGUUUUUAAAUCAACAAAAUUUAAUCACAUUGCUCAAAAUAUAGCUCAAAUGCACAUUAAGGGAGCUUCAUCUAAAUGGUGGAAUUUUAGGCAUCAUCAACAUCAUGUAAAAGUGAAUGUUUAUAAGAAAGAUCCCGAUGUUACGUUUCCAAUUAUAAUACUUAUUGGAGACUUAAUAGCCGAGCAUUGGGGUAAAAUGAAGAAAGGUAUAAUGCCAUAUAAAUGGCAGCAUAUUUACUUCUAUUUACUUGGCCCUUGUUUCUUGUUGCCAGGAUAUUUUCACUUUGAAAAUAUAUACUUUGUUCUAAAGCGUAAAUACUUCAAAGUAAGUUAAUAAAUUAAAUAUUAAUAUAUUAAUUGUAAUAAAACUUGUCUUUUAAAUAGGAAUUCGCCAUUUGUAUGACUUUCUUUGUCAGAUGGAUUCUAAUAUUUGCACCUUUACUUGACGGAGUUAAAUCUGCUUUAUAUUUCUAUCUAUUUGUUAGAUUUUUCGAAUCUCAUUGGUUUGUUUUUGCUACCCAAAUGAGUCAUUUACCCAUGAAAAUAAGUUACGAAAAAUCAACUGAUAAACAAAUAGAUUGGGUUACCGCCCAGGUAUAAUUUAAAAACUAUUUAAACCCUCUACGUACAAGUAAAUAUAUCCCUUUAUAUAGGCUUAUGCAACUUGUAACGUUGAACCUGGUUAUUUUAAUGAUUGGUGGUCUGGUCAUUUAAAUUAUCAAAUUGAGCAUCAUCUGUUUCCUACAAUGCCUCGACAUAACUAUGCAAAGUAUGUAGGAUAUUACAUUAAUCAAUUACGAAUUGCAUAACACUCUGAAAUAGUCAAUUGUUAUACGCCAAUUAAAAAUCUAAUUAAUUAAACAAUGUCCAGAGAAUGAUAACAACAUUUAAACUAUAAAAUUUAUAUACAGGAUUGCACCACUUGUAAAGUCAUUAUUUAGAAAGCAUAAUCUACCAUAUACUGUAAAAUCGUUGGAAACUGCAAUUGCCGACAUAUUUAGGUCUUUAAAGAAUAGUGGAGAAAUUUAUGAAAAAGCAUUUUCUCUAUAAUCAACUCUUAAUAAAGGAAGAUAAAGAAGAAACGAACGCUAUCUCUUUCAUAUUUUCACUCUUUCUCUUCCCUAUUUUAGUUAACAUUUAUGCAAAACUUCUUCCGAGUUAAUCCAUUAUUGCUAUACUUGUUCUCUAUUUCUAAUUUCGUCCUGGCAACAGUUUUUAAAUACUUAAAAGAUAUUUCUAUUUAUUAUAAAGCAGAUGUCACUUUGAGGAAUUGGAGAGGGACAAUGAAUAGGAGUUGUGUUAUGUUCUUGUUUUUUAUGCACUCUUCUUCCCAAAUGAAAGAAAUCUUAAUCUAUCUACAUUAGUUUUCUUCCAAAGAUGUGAAAAGUUUUACAUUUUCGAUAAUAAAAUACAAAAAUAUUGAUACAAGUAUUAUAUCUUCACUAUCAACUGAUCAGCAUAUUCCAUCUGUUUCAAACAAUCAAUAUUCCUUCAUAUAUUCUUUUUAUCUUUAAUUAAACUCUAUGAAUUAAUGUAUUUUAUUACCUCUACUUUAGAGUACUACGAUGGAUAUAAUUAUUAUAUAAAACGACAAUAGAACAACAUUUACAGCAUAAAGAUACGUGUCUUGAGUCGUAGUUGAUCUCUCUCCCUCUCUGUGUGUCUCUUAAAUUAAUAUAAAGUAUGAAAUUUGAUUGAUUUAAAAUACUUUGAAAUGAAACUUUUAGUUAUAUUUAGAUUAUUUUCUUUCAAUCUUUC